ACGAGCGAAAAGGCCACACCAACAACGGUCGGUCAGUCUCACAGAUUGGGCUCUCCUCUCCCGUCGUCUCUCCCCAAUUCCAAUCAAAUCUUCCCUUCCCGUUCCCUCUGCCCUCCUCCUCUCUCCUCCAUUGGAGACCACCACUCGGCCCUGCCCCGCGCUUCCCCAUCACGCUUCCCAUCGAAGCAGCCGCGAUCGAGCUCCUCCGCCGCCGCCCGCGCGCGACAUGGGCGCCGCCGCCGCCGAUAACGCCGCCGGGGAUGCGGAGCGGGGUGGUAGAGGGAGGGCGUCGGCGCCGGAGGAGAGGGAGGUGAAGGUGGUGGUAGUGGACGAGCAGGAGGCGCCGGCGCCCGCGACGGCGAGGAUGCUGCAGACGCAGCGGCCGCCCGCGCCGCUGCAGGUCACAACGCAGGCGCCGCCGCCGCCCAUGUCGGUCGCCUCCGGCGGCGCCGACCCGCCCCCCGUCGCCACGUACCAGCCCGUCAUGCUGACCCCACCACAGCCGCUGGCGUCGCUGAACUCGCGCGUGUACACGAACCAGAUCUCGCUAUGCCUCUUCCUGCUGCACCUGGCGGCGGCGGGUUUUGCCGUGGGCUUCUUCGUCUUCCACGCCGUCAAGGACAUCGUGCAGCACCCGCGAUCCCGCAGCGCGCGCGUGGAGAGCAGCCUGCUCCGCGAGUGGCUUCCCCCGGUCGAGGGCGCCGUGGCGCUGAGCAUCGUGCUGGCCUUCGCGUGGCAGAAGGCGGUCCGCGCAUGGCCGCGCGCCAUGGUGCGUGUGAUCCUCUGGUCGGGCUUCGGCGUCACGCUGGCCGUGGGCGCAAUGCUGAUGUGCUUCUCCAUGCCGGCCACCGUGGGGCUCGGCGUCGCCAUGGUCGUCUUCUCCAUCGGCACCGGGCUGUACGCGUGCUGGGUGACCCGUCGCGUCGGGUUCACGGCGCGGGUGUUCGAGUGCGCGGUGCGCCCCGUCGACAAGUUCAGGGGCCUCAACGGCCCGGCCUACGUGAUGGUGGCCGCCGGGUUCGUGUGGAUCUCCGUGUGGUGCGUGGCGGUGAUCGGCGCCGCCAACUUCCGGUUCGCCGGCCUGACCAUCCUGGCGCUGGUGGUGAGCCUGGCGUGGACGGCGGAGGUGAUGCGCAACGUGGCGAACCUGACGGCGAGCCGGGUGAUCGCGCUCUACUACCUCCGCGGCAUGCAGUCCAGCGUGCAGUUCAGCUUCCAGCGCGCGCUGUCCUACAACCUCGGCAGCGCCUGCCUCGGCUCCCUCUUCGUGCCCACCAUCGAGGCCCUCCGCAUCCUCGCCCGCGGGCUCAACCUCCUCGAGGGCGAGGACGAGUUCAUGUUCUCCUGCGCCCACUGCUGCCUCAACGUCAUGAACGCCGUCUUCACCUACGGCAACAGCUGGGCCUUCGUCCACAUUGCGGCGUACGGGAGGGGGUUCGUGCAGGCGUCGCGGAGCACGUGGUGGCAGUUCGAGCGACAGCCGGGGAUGGCGGCUCUGGCGGACGCGGACAUCACGAGCUCCGUGUGCUUCCUGACGGGGGUCACCAGCGGCGCGCUGUGCGUGGCGCUGGCGGGGUCCUGGGCGUACGCCACGCACAAGCACUACACGGCCACGGUGUCCCUCCUGUCCUUCUACGUGGGCUACCUGAUGACCAGGAUCGGCAUGGCGCUGCCGCAGGCCUGCGUGGGCUGCUACUACGUCUGCUUCGCCGAGAACCCCGGGUCCAGGCUCUUCGACAGCACCAUCCCGGACCGGCUGAGGAAGAUGCAGGACGCCGAGAAGGACGCCUUCGUGCCCACUCCCAGGUUCCCGGCGCAGCAGCAACACCACGUCUCCGCCGCCUGACUUGACUAUCAUCAUCGAUCUUUCCAAGCAAGGGGGCAGCUACUCUUGAUGCAUUGGAUUAAGAUUUUGAUCCCCGGGCCCGGAUUGGGCGGUCUCUUGAUGCUGGUUCAGAGGACGACUUGACUUGACCCCCCGGUGGUGAUCUGGCAGGCGAGACUUCCAGGCAUUGCAAUUGCCGUCGCGUGGACGGGAGGCAACUGGGGAUGGGGGAAUCGGAGAAGGAAUCUCAUGGUCCAUGCUGGGAAGCGUAGGACUGAAGCAGCAGAUCAAAAGAUCUUAUCAACUCGUGGGCACGUGUUGAUCUUCUCCUCCUCUUGCUUGUAAAAUAGGAGUAGCUCGAUUUUUCCUCCUCUCUCUGGUGUUUCUGUAAAUCCCCCCAUUCUUUGACACGUUUUAUCUGUCAGUUUAGUACCUCUGUUUUUUUCCUUUCUUUACUUAGUGGCCAAACGAGUCCUUAGUGCUGGCAGGAGGAGCCUGGAUAUUUCAUAGGUCAGGCAUGUAAUGAUGUAAGCUAAAAUAGUUACUGUGAUUAGUUACAGAUAUUCCUUGUGCAUGUAUUUUUGCAAACGAAAUUUCAAAUGCUUAUUGAC